AGCCUGAUUGAUAACAAACAACCUGACACUGAUACAUUGCUGUGCCAUUGGAGAGUCGCAGGGAGACCUUUAGCAUUGACCAUGGAGGCACAAGAUGCAGUUGAAGCAUUUCCAAGCAGAGUAAAGAGAAGGAAGACGGCUGACACAGAUACAAACUCACCUGGACUUGACACCGAGGAACCAACUCUAACGGAAGACAACAUGGCGACAGUGCUGGAGAAACUUAUCACUCCAGUUUCUCGAGAUGGAUCUGAAGCCUCAAGAAAUAAGGUCACCGUUGUAGGUGUAGGCCAGGUUGGGAUGGCGUGUGCUGUUAGCAUUCUUUUAAGGGAACUAACCGAUGAGAUGGCCUUGGUUGAUGUUCUGGAAGACAAACUGAAGGGAGAAAUGAUGGAUCUUCUUCAUGGCAGCCUGUUUCUCAAAACUCCAAAGAUUUUGGCUGAUAAAGAUUAUGCAAUAACUGCUAAUUCUCGAGUCGUGGUUGUUACUGCUGGAGCGCGUCAACAAGAGGGUGAGAGCCGACUGAAUCUGGUCCAGAGAAAUGUCAACAUCUUUAAAUUCAUCAUACCUCAGAUUGUAAAAUACAGCCCCAACUGCACACUCAUUGUGGUAUCCAAUCCAGUUGAUAUUCUAACAUACGUAACAUGGAAGAUGAGUGGAUUUCCAAAGAACCGUGUGAUUGGCAGCGGCUGUAAUUUGGAUUCUGCUCGAUUCCGUUACCUGAUGGCUGAGAAACUUGGACUCCAUCCAUCCAGUUGCCAUGGUUGGGUGCUUGGUGAACACGGAGAUUCCAGUGUCCCCGUUUGGAGUGGUGUCAACGUGGCAGGAGUUGGACUGCAGCAGCUGAGCCCUGAUAUUGGAACUGCUCAGGACAAGGAGAACUGGAAAGAUGUCCACAAAAUGGUGGUGGAUAGUGCUUAUGAAGUGAUUAAACUGAAAGGAUAUACCAACUGGGCCAUUGGCCUCAGUGUUGCUGAACUGACGGAAUCCAUUGUGAAGAAUCUGAGGCGGAUUCACCCAGUAUCCACCAUGGUAAAGGGUAUGUAUGGCAUAGAGGAUGAAGUCUUCCUGAGCCUGCCAUGUGUACUGAGUGCAGACGGACUAACUGAUGUCAUCAAUCAAACUCUGAAAGAUGAUGAGGUGGCCCAGCUGAGAAAGAGUGCUGAGACGUUGUGGAAGAUUCAGAGGGAACUGAAGGAUCUGUAAUUUUGAGGCUGACUGCAGUACUGCUUUCUCCGAAGUUGCAAAGAAACCAAUUACAGCAAGAUUAGAGUAUCUCUGUAAACUCUUAUCCAUGAUUUGUAAUGGGUGUAUUCUCGAAUUUUAACUGACCCAAAUUACAUGGUUACCAUUUUAAAAAAUAAAGUUAAGAACAUGUAAA